AUGGAAUUCUCGUCAAAAGGUUACAAUUCCGGAAACUAUUCCAGUGCUAGGCCGUCUUACCCAAGUGAAUUUUUUGAUACGCUACGCAAAUACCAUGUAGGAGGAGAAAAACUCUUAGUGGAUGUUGGUUGUGGGCCCGGAAACUUCACUUUGGAUAUUGCCAGAAACUUUCAAUUUGAACGAGUCGAAGGGGCGGACAAGUCUCCGAUAAUGAUAGAAGUGGCCCAACAGAAAUUUAAUGCCGCGAAGAUGAAGAACCUGCACUUCAGUGUACACGCCGCUGAAGACUUGGACUGGGUGCAGGCCGGAACCGCUGAUAUGAUCACAGCGGCGCAGUGCUCCCAUUGGCUCGAUUUCAAGGCGUUCCAAGAAUCUGCAUUUCGCGCGCUCAGCGAGAAUGGAACUCUCGCGAUUUGGGGAUAUGUCGACCCAAUUCUUACUGAUUUUCCGGGACUGGAUAGCUUGUUGCUUGAAUUUCAGUACGAUCUGCAUCAAUUGGGUCCUUACUGGGAAAAGCCGGGCAGGGAUAUACUCAGAGAUUUGUUGCAGUCACAAAUAAUUGACGACACAAAGUUUCAAGAUGUACUUGAAGUAUGCAACCGCGUCAGAGAUCCAGAACCUAAGGCUUCCGAUCACAAGCCGCUCAUAAUCAACCGCGAAAUGUCGAUCAUCGAGUUUGAGCAAUACAUUGAAAGCUGGAGCGCAUACAACGCCUGGAAAAGGGCAAACCAAGGAAAAUCGGAUAUACGCAAGUCAUUUAUACACCAGCUCAAGACUCAGACGGGCCUUUCUUCGCAAUCGAGAAUAAACGUCGCUUGGAAUACCGUCUACAAAUUUGCCCGUAAAAGAACCUAG